AGUGUUUUAUACUGAGAGGUGGUAGGGUACUUCUCAAAUGAGUUUGCAUUACAGUAUUUUGGGUUAACUUUCAAACAGAAUUUUAUUCCUGAGUCAUAUUUGGAUAAAUACAAGUGUCAUCGGUUUCAAGUUAUCAUUAUUCAAGCGUAUCUUGAUCCAUGAAAUGRCCRGACUUGACGUUGUAGGUGCAGCCUAUGCUGUUGCAAAGAAAUUKAACACAUCCAAUCAUAGCUUAAACGAUAGAGAAGACCAUGCUCUAUUGACAGUGUGCUGACAUUGUAUUGGUUCUGUCAGUUGCAGUCUAUAGCUCUCCCAGCCUUGGCCCCUGCAUGUGGCAUGCCGUAGCGCCCGGGCGAGGGGAGGGGGUUAUAUUUUUAACCGGGACAGGCUGCGCUCGCCGUAAAUGGGCUUUCACGCUCUCUGUUGCUGCRGCGCACAAAUGCCCAGUCCCUGCUGUUGUUAGUGAUCAUAGCCGGUCCCCUACGAUUCGAGUACAUCAGUGCGAUGAGCUCAAAGGAAGGAUUCAUCUGUCUGACAGCCUGCUGACUGGAAGAAGACAUUCCCAAUGCCAACGACGGAGGUGCUGAUUGGUUCCACAUGCCGACUUUGGACUUUUUGAUUGGUUAAGCACAUUAGGAUAUCUGACUGGUGUCUGCUGUUGUUUGGAKCACACACUAACUUACUGGAGGAGGAUUUGGUUUUUGAACAUCCAUUUAUCCUUUGGUGUCUGAUAGCUGAGAAGUGACGUAGGAGGGAAUCUCUUGAGGUUUGAGUCAUCAAUGCCCAGGUCAUUGUUAAAGGAGACCUACUGAGACCUUCUGACUAACGGACAGACGGGGACUGGAACAGGCAGCAUGGACACUAUAGAGAACCCCGACUUGGAGCCCAGAUCGGAGCGGAUCGCCCGCUACAAGGCCGAGAGGAGGCGUGAGCUGCAAGAACGCUACGGCAACAUGGAGGAGCUCCCAUCCAAGUGGGUGAGGAGGGAUGGGACUCUCAUGAACUCAGACAGCGCACCUCCCUCCACAGACAGGACCCUCUCCGGGGGGGUGAACGGCAGAGCGGGGGGGCCGGAGGGUGACCGGAGGGGCCUCCACUGGGAGAGCAACACCCCUCUGGAGUCAGAACCUCGGAGAUUCUCCAACGGCUUUGAGGCAGACACUGCUGCAGACCCAACACACCUCCAAAGGAAGUGUUCUUCUGACUCUGCCGGCAUGUUGAGUGGGGUGGAGCUCCUAGCUCCCCCAGGCACCMCUGGACCCGACGCGGCCCAGCUGCAAACGCGGGUGUCGGUGGGCCAGUUGAGGAGUGCCCUGCUGCAGCAGACCGGGACUGGAACACAGCCUGAGAAAGUUCCUGACAGUGGCCGUGCGGCCUCUUCCCUUGACCUGGCUGUAAAGCCGGGCUCGGAGGGGGGACGGCGGCGCACCCGUCGCUAUGUCCCUGGGGUGUCAGGCGGGGGCCGCAAAACCAACGAGCGCUUCAGGACACAGCCGAUCACAGCCUGUGAGGUGCAGGAGAGCGGCGGGCUGCUAGAAGAGGAGAACGCUAAAGCUGAUGUGAAGACAGACGACAGAGCCAAGAUGAGUGUGGCGGCCAAGAUGUCUCUGUUUAAAGAGCUAGAGAAGUCAGCAGCCCCUGAGGCCUCCUCCUUUCUGAAGCCUCGCUCUGGCRGCGUCGCGUAUGAACGCAGAGUACGCCGCGGCAACGAGCACCGCUCACUCACUCAGCCAAUCACCUGUGAGGAGAUGGUGGUGGCCACCAGCACCCCCCAGCCAGCAGAGUCAGGCGAGGCCCAGGCUGUGCAGGCCGAGGCGGAGGCGGUGGAGGACGAUGAGAACAAUAAGCUGACUAUGAGUGAGAAGCUGGCUCUGUUCAACAAGCUGUCCCUGCCAGGGAGCCAGGGGGACGCCUCUCCUGAUGCCCCCCCAGAGAGACGCAGGCAGAAGGGGGCACGCUACCGCACACAGCCCAUCACCKUGGAGGAGGUCAGCCUGCUCCAGAAAGGCCCCAUCCAACUGCCCCCGCUGCGCCUGUCCCCCACCCUCUCCGACCGGCAGCAGGAGCAGUCCAUCAAUCUGAGGCCCAGCGAGGUGCGUCAGGCCCAGCCUCGACCCGGGGCCGACGUGGAGCCUACCACAGGACCUGACCCGUCCCAGCAGGGCCUGCAGCAGCGCAGGGACUCUGAGCCAGGAGAGAUCAGAGGCAUCCUGAGGAAGAGCGCCUCUGGAGGACCAGUAUGGGACCGAGACAGAGACACUAUGUGGGAGAACAGACAGCAGGACCAGAACGGAGGAGGGGAGAGGGGCAACGAGGUGGAGGAGAGGAGGGCAGAAAGACAUGAUAAUGUACCAGUGCCUUGUAGAGAGAGACCAGCCUCCUCUGCCCCCUGGAGACAGAGGAACAGGAACAGGAGGGAGACGGUGGCCGUGUGUGGCCCAGCCAGUCACCCCCAGGAGGAAAGGCCUUCCCUGGCUGAACAGAGAAAGCAGAUGGACCCCCCUGGGAACACCUCUGGGAGAGACAGGUACACAACUAACACAGAGCCAACAUGCAGGCCUUUUAAAUGA